UGUGAGUUUUUAUUUUUAUUUUUUAUAUUUUAUAUUUUAUAUUUUAUACGUAAUGCAAUGGGCCAAACCUAGCCCAAACCACUCGCCACAAGACUCGCCCCACUUCAGCGAGUUAGGUCAAUUAUUUUUUUCGCCUUGCAAAUGAAAUCUUAGGUGCAGAAACAUGUCCGAUGAAUAAAAUAGCGAACAACAAGCUUCAGGUGACUUGUUUUUAUAUAUACACAGACAAAUAUGUGUGUGUGACUGUGCGUAUAUACAUAUAAGAGAGAGAAAGAGAGGGCUGGAAGAUAAUUAAAAGAAGUGUCAUUGCCUCUCCAAAGUGUAGAUAUGGUUGUGCUCUCUCUCUUCAUAAAGGUAUCCGUAAGUCUGCAACUUCUCUUAAGCAUUGUGUUAAUUUCUUCAUUGAUUAUCCAUUUGCUUCCAACAAUUUAAGGGCUUCAUUUUAUUCCCAAACUGGUAGUCAAACCCGAUUUAUGCAGACUGUCAGAAAUCAAUUCAGAUUUGAGUCCACAAAUCUUAAUGAUGCACUGGCAAUGUUUGAUGAAAUGUCUCAAAUGCAACCUCUUCCUUCAAUUGUGCAUUUUACUAAAUUUUUAGGGGCCAUUGUGAGAAUGAAACAUUACACCACUGCUAUUUCUUUGCUUAAGCAAUUGGAGUCCUCUGGAAUAGCUGAGCCAGACGCUUAUACUCUAGCCAUCUUGCUUAGGGAUGGCAAUUUGACCCGCCCCGCGGUAACCCGCCCCACCCCACAGUUACCGUUUUUGGCAGUUUUGAGGGACCGUUUUGUUUAUUUGGGCGGAGAUGGUUUGAUGUAAUAAAAACCCGCGCGGGUUUGGUGCGGGGGCAGGAAAAGGUCGUCCCGCCCCGUUUAGAUACGCAAAUUACUUAAAUACCCACAUUUCAGUAGUAUAUAUAUUUCCCAUUAUAUAUUAAGUACCCUAUAUAACAAUAUUAACGUAAAAAAUGAAAUUUGCAAUGGUGAAGAAUUGAAGAUGAGAGAAAAAAAUAAAAAAUAAAAAAAAAUAAAAGUAAAUCUAUUUCAACAAUAAAUAAAUUAUGGUUUUAAACGGGGCGGGUACCCGCGGAGGUAAAAAUGUUAAACGGUUACGGGGAUGGGGUGGAAAGUACCCCCGUUUUGCGGUUUUGGGCGGGGACGGGGGUGGGGUUUUUAAACAGUUGUGGGGGCGAGGGAGGGUAUACCUGCCCAAACCCGCCCCCGUUGCCAUCCCUAAUAUUGCUCAAUUGUUACUGCCACUUGAAUCGGGUGGAUUUGGGUUUCUCUGUUCUGGGGAGAACUUUGAAGCUUGGUUUUGACGUGGACAGUAGAAAGCUCACCGCUUUGAUGAGGGGACUCUGUAGUGAGGAUAAAAUAGGUCAAGCAGUAGAGUUGUUUAAUGACAUGGGUGCAAAAGGAUUUCGACCUGAUACAUUUACUUGUGGAACGAUUAUAAAUGGGUUGUGCAAAACAGGGAACCCAGCGCGGCUAUUGAGUUGGUUAAGAAGAUGGAAGAGAGAAAUUGGGAAACCAAUAUCAUUGUCUAUAACAUGAUCAUUGACAGUCUUUGUAAGGACAGAUUGGUAGCUGAGGCCUUUGACUUCUUUUCGGAAAUGAUAUAUAAAGGCAUUUCGCCAAAUGUUAUUACUUACACCUCCUUAAUCCUUGGCCUAUGCAAUUCAAAUCAGUGGAAAGAGGUUACAAGAUUAUUGAAUGAACCAAAAAAUCAAACCGAAUGUAAGAAUCUUCACUAUAUUGGUGGAUGCACUUUGUAAGGAAGGGAAGCUUGCAGAAGCAGUAGAAAUAGUUGAAGUGAUGAUCCAAAAAGGUGAGGAGCCUAAUACAGUCACUUACAAUGCACUGAUGGAUGGUUAUUGUUUACAAAGAAAAUUUCAUGAGGCAAAGAAGAUAUUUGAUUCGAUGGUUGGUAGGGGUUGUUUACCUGAUGUUUGGAGCUAUAGCAUCUUGAUUUCUGGGUAUUGUAAGAAGCAAAGAAUGGAUGACGCUAUCGGACUUUUUCACGAAAUUUCCCGGAUGGGAUUGAUUCCUGAUAUUGUUACUUACAAUACUCUUAUAGGUGGUUUCUGCCAUGCAGGAAAACCUCUAGUUGCGCAACAACUUUUAAAUGAGAUGCGAGCCCGUGGCCAAAAUCCUAAUGUUAUAACAUACCGUACUUUGUUAGAUGGAUUGUGUAAGAACCAAUGUCUGGCUGAGGCAAUGACCUUCUUUCAAGACAUGGAAGAAAGUGGAUUGCAUCCUGAUAUUGUGGUUUACAACAUACUCAUUGAUGGUAUGUGCAGAGCUGGAUGCAUUAAAGAUGCAAGGGAACUCUUUUAUAGUCUUCCUUCCAAAAGGUUGCAACCUGAUGUUUACACAUAUAGUAUUAUGAUCAAUGGACUUUGUAAGGAAGGGUUGUUAACUGAAGCAAACAUGCUGCUCAAUAAAAUGGAAGAGAGUGGUUGCUCUCCAAAUGGUUGCACUAACAACAUAAUUGUGCAGGGAUUCCUUCGAAACAAUGAGAUGUUAAGAGCAAUGCAACUUGUCCAAGGAAUGGUUGAGAAGGGGUUCUCUGCUGAUUCAUGUACUGUGAGCCUUUUAUUAAAUUUAUCAAAAAAUAGUGGAUUGGAUCAGUCAGUUUUGAAGAUGCUCAAUAAGUUUCUCGUCCUGUACGCAUGGCCUACUGAUGCUUGCAUCAGUGUCCUCUUCAUGAUAGUCUUACACAGGAUUUGCAAGCAAUGUAAUCUGAAGCAUAAAAUUCAGAAUAAAAUCAUUGAUGAUGAGUUAAAGGUGGUUCAUUCAGGAACUGAAGAGUACAGGGCAGCUAAGCAUCUAAGGGAUUUAUACAAGGACUUUGUGGAUCAUCAAAAGCGACUUCACUGGAGGAUCCACUACUUCGAGAAAGAGAGAUAUGGUGGUGCUUUCUCUCUUCAUAAAGGUACCUGCAAGUCUGCAACUUCUUUUAAGCAUUGUGUUAAUUUCUUCGUUGAUUAUCCAUUUGCUUGCAACAAUUUAAGGGCUUCGUUUCAUUCCCAAACUGGUAGUCAAACCCGAUAUAUGCAGACUGUCAGAAAUCAAUUCAGAUUUGAGUUCACAAACCUUAAUGAUGCACUGGCAAUGUUUGAUGAAAUGUCUCAAAUGCAACCUCUUCCUUCAAUUGUGCAUUUCACUAAAUUGUUAGGGACCAUUGUGAGAAUGAAACAUUACACCACUGCUAUUUCUUUGCUUAAGCAAAUGGAAUCCUCAAGAAUGGUAGAGCCAAACGAGUAUACUCUAGCCAUCUUGCUCAAUUGUUACCGCCACUUGAAUCGGGUCGAUUUGGGUUUCUCUGUUCUGGGGAGAACUUUGAAGCUUGGUUUUGACGUGGACAGUAGAAAGCUCACCGCUUUGAUGAGGGGACUCUCUGAGGCCUUUGACUUCUUUUCGGAAAUGAUCAGUAAAGGCAUUUCACUAGAUGUUGUCACUUACAACAACUUAAUCCUUGGCCUAUGCAAUUCAAACCAGUGGAAAGAGGCUACCAAAUUGUUGAAUGAAAUGGUGAAUAAAAAAAUCAAACCGAAUGUAGUAACCUUUAAUAUAUUGGUGGAUGCAAUUUGUAAGGAAGGGAAGGUUGCAGAAGCAGUACAAAUAGUUGAAGGGAUGAUUCAAAGAAGUGAGGAACUUGAUAUAGUCACUUACAAUUCAUUGAUGGACGGAUAUUGUUUGCAAAGCAAAAUUCAUGAGGCAAAGAAGAUAUUUGAUUUGAUGGUUGGUAGGGGUUGUGCCCCUGAUAUUCAAAGCUAUAACAUCUUGAUUAAUGGAUAUUGUAAGAAGCAAAGAAUGGAUGAUGUUCUCAGACUUUUUCACGAAAUUUCCCAGAUGGGAUUGGUUCCUAUUACUGUUACUUACACCACUCUUACAGGUGGUUUCUGCCGUGCAGGAAAACCUGUAGUUGGGCAACAACUUCUGAAUGAGAUGCGAACCCAUGGCCAACAUCCUAGUUUUAUAACAUACCGUACUUUGGUAGAUGGAUUGUGUAAGAAUCAAUGUUUGGCUGAGGCAAUGACCUUGUUUCAAGACAUGGAAAAAAGUGGAUUACAUCCUGAUAUUGUGGUUUACAGCAUCCUCAUUGAUGGUUUGUGCAGAGCUGGAAGCAUUAAAGAUGCAAGGGAACUUUUUUAUAGUCUUCCUUCCAAAAGGUUGCAACCUGAUGUUCACACAUACAGCAUUAUGAUCAAUGGACUCUGUAAGGAAGGGUUGUUAAGCGAAGCAAACAUGUUGUUUAAGAAAAUGGAAGAGAGUGGUUACUCACCAGAUGGUUGCAGUUACAAUAUAAUUGUGCAGGGAUUUCUUCGAAACAAUGAGACAUUAGUGGCAAUGCAACUUCUUGAAGAAAUGGUUGAGAAGGGGUUCUCUGCUGGUUUAGGUACGGUGGAAGAUUCAUAUUUGUUGGCCUUGCAGUGUGCUCUAGUUUGCAUGACGAGUUGCAACUUGUAUAGCACGAGGACAUGA